AUGCCCAGCCUGGCAUGCCAUUGGGCAGUUACCUCACUUGCUGUGGCAACAGCCAAGCGUCCUUCGCCUUGCCCCGGCUGCACUAGACGUGGAUUCCCAUUGGAUGCUUUGUACCAGCUGUCCCAGCCAUCCCAUUUGACCUGCCAUAUCCUGCAGCCACGGCGUGAUUGUCGUAAAUCGGGCGCUGACUGCUACCAAUUCUGUGAUUACCUCUCGACCAGAGAGAUCAAGAACGGCUUUGACUGCAUUGUGGGGGCUGUCGCCUGUACCGAAUGUUCUUGUCGCAGCAUUUUCACGAACAGCUAUGGUGCCCUCAUCAAUUUCAACUGGCCGACUUCGGCCUAUGAGGAUCUUGUCCAUGGCUGUGAGAAGCCAUAUCAAUGCAAACAGGGUGGGCAGCCUCUCGUGCGUGAGGAACCCUCCGGCCUCACACAAUCAUGGCACGAUCACCCGAGCCGUGAAGCGGCUAGCAACGUUUGGUGCUCGCCGCUCGUGCUGGAUCGCAGCCGCAGAAUGUCCCAGUCGAAACGAGAUGCAGCGACAGAAGGCACUCAAUCCCGUCGCCAGUAUGUCUUGUCAAUAGUCACGCCACAAGCUGGUCACUUCAAUCCCUGCUUUGUCCGCGCGCCAGGUUCCCUUGGUCGAACUCCUGCGGGGCAGCCAGUGGCGUUUCGGUGGUUUUGUGAAAUCGGCGUGUGUUUGGCAGAUGAGCCGUCUAGUCCCGUUCCAUCCGUCGGUGAAGCCGCCUUGGGCACUUGUGACAGGCCUCGGGCCACGGUCCAAGCGAGGGUUCCACAACCCUCGGUAUGGCACUUGAUCCGUCAAUGGUGCUCACAAAGGCCAUUGGACUUCAGCAAGAACGCCGAUGCUGACGUCUCAGCCGAACGCCACUUUGCGCUAGUCCUGGUCCACGCGGCACUGUCUCGCCAGCUCCACCAGCAGUUCCCAUGCAAGGGCAGCGCAGUGCCCCGUACCAUUACAAGAUGCUGGAUUUGGAACGCGGGGGACGCGUGCCAGCCAUGGUUUGGAGUCGAACGCUUCGAGAAGCCUGCCUGGAAGAGCAAGGCCGGCAGUCGGCGCCCAUCCCCACUGGCUCAUCCAGCGUGUGAGGUCCCAGCCAGUCUGCCCUUGGCCAUUGGCCGUUCCCGCAUCCCCUGGUUAACCGUGGUGAGCGACUGCUGCUCCCAAUGCCACGUGACUACCUCCAAGCACAAGCUCAGCUUUUGGAUGUGGACAAUCUCGAGAUGCCGUGGCGCAAAAACUGUCUGCGUGCGCGGCGCUGUCCGUGUGCACUGUAUGUGUCCAGCUGGACUCGUUACGGCGCUGGCGACCUCUGGCCAUGCAGCGACUGCUUCUAGAACGGGCGACAUCCUUGAGGCUCGCGCAGCCCUCCACUUCAGGGCGUGUGGUGUUGUCGGUAGGCCCAUGAAUCUGUGCGGCUGUUUGCCCUGCGCCGUUACUGUCCCUGAUCUGGCCUGGCCUGGACAACAGCCCGGCCCCUCAGCAGAUUCGUGCCUCUACAACCACGAGAUGAUGGCAUGUUUGUAG